AUGGUUGAAGCAAUUAUCAAGACGCAGCCCAGUCUGAGCAUAACCCCGGAUCACAUAACCUUUGGAAUAGAGACCCACCUGGGCCGAAUACCUAGGCCAGCAAGAUCCUCUAGACCACCUUCGAAGUCGUUCAAGGACCACGCGGAGGAGUACCUGGGCAAUCUUAACAGCGCAUUCGAUUUGACAGCUCAUAUUAAAUCGUCUCAGUGGCAAAAUAGCUAUGAUCUUUCGAGAUUGGACGAUGAUACCAAAUCAAGAUUGUACACUUCAUGGAAAGACAGGGUCGACAACAUCGUUGAUGCGAGCAUACAAGUGAUGCGUUCGGAGAAGGGUGUGAAGCUUAAUAAACCUCUAGCGGACGGGGAAUACACUACUGCACCGAAGAUCAAUUGGUCAAGAGCUUUGACUAAAUCAUACAAUUUCUCGUCUACAGAUAAACCAAAGUAUCAUGAUAUUGAUAUGGAACGCAUCAAUGGAUGGGAUCUGCAAGAAGAGCAAGACUCUCUCGAGGACGAGGCACUGAGAAUGCCGAUAAAAUUCUCGAAAGGUAUGUUAGGAAAAACCAUCCCCGCCUUUCAAGAUAUCCAGGUGCCUAGUCAUACUAUGUCGAUCAAUUACCCUCCUUCCGAAGGUGAAUAUAUCGAAGAUAUCGAUAAUUUGGUGUUCGAAUUUGAUUCGACUCGCGGGAUGUAUGGUCAAGAGAGAUCCGCGAAAGAUGAAUUGAACGAGGAAGAUCGGAUGAUGCUCAGCCAAGUUGUUAAAUCGGCCUAUCGGCUCGCUUCUCGUAUCAGAGCAUAUGAAUCUGGGGGCCAAAUCGAGACCGGUAAAGGCCUUUACAGAAAGGACGAUUUGGAUCUUAUAAUGAGUAGGUUGACGAGUCUGAAUGGACACACUGCCCAAAGGGGUAAAAGAUUAUUAUAUUUCAUAUCGGACGAGGAAGGUGCCGCAACGAGGCAGAUCGAUCGUGAUGAUGAGUAUGAUCGAUGGACUUGGAAAACCUUGUACGUGGCAUCUGAUGACCAUGCUGGUUUUGCACAACCGAUCGAUUUAGAGACGAUCAAGAGACUGCGGAAGAUCAGUGCAGGGGCUCAAGCUACCUUCGAUUAUUUGAAACAGUCUCAAGAUGGGCUCUCAGUGGCUGAUUAUAUACUGAGUUUGUAUUCUUUGGAUGACCGUCAGAAAGAUUUAGGAGCUGAUUCGAUGCUGUGCGGAAACAUUCUGGAAGAAGUUGCGGAUGGGGCGGAGUGA